AUGGGAAAGAAUAAUCCAAGGUCGGCGCCGAGCAGUGGUCGCGGAAUAGAAGACGACGUCAAGGAUUUGAUUGAGAAAUGCUUGCAACUGUACAUGAAUAUGCACGAGGUGAUAAUCGCUCUAGGCGAACAUUUUAACAUAGAACCUCAUCUGACAUUCUUAGUGUGGAAGAAAUUAGAAGAGGACAACCCGCGAUUUUUCCGUGAUUACUACAUUCGCUUGAAGUUGAUCAAACAAAUCACUAGGUUCAAUCGGUUGCUUGAGCAACAACAACAGUACGAACUGAUGCUACAAGAGGCAUUUAGGAAACCGACACCGCCUCAAAGCGAGCCUUCUCCUGAUAUUGCUGGCGGGAUUUACCAGCAGCAGCUCUCAAAUGCGAUGACAGUGCAGUAUGGCCACCAUGUUUUAGGCGGCAUGUAUGGGGAUCAUUGUGCUUCGAAUGCAACUGCUGCGGUUGCCUCUAUGGAAAGCCCUGUCCAAGCUCACAGCUUUCACUCUAUUAAUCGGAGAGAGUUGUUGACACAUGCGAGCUCGGAACAACCGAUACCGUCGAAUUGCGGUGUCCCUUUCGACCUGCUAGGGAUGUGUGAACAAGGUGCAAAUCCCACCCCGUUUGAUAUGCAGAAUCAAGGCCACUUAAGCCGCCUGAACGAUCCGGCUUCUUCCAGCUUGCCCGAUCACGGAGUUUUUGAAACGGAAGCAGAUCAACCUGACUCCCUGGAUUUUCUCCUCGACUCUCCAGAGCACUACGACACUGGUAAUGAUCUUCUCCGUGUUCCUUUCACCAGUCUUUUGCUUAUUCAAACCGUUAGUUGCCUCAACCGGUGCUAA